AUGGUCUUAUCUUGGAUCUUGAACUCAUUGGAACCAGAUCUUGCGAAUAGUGUGAUCUACACCGACUCAGCCCACGAAAUUUGGACAGACCUUGAAGAGAGAUUCGCACCUAGGGUUUUCCAGAUUCACAAGGAAAUAGCUACUCUUACACAAGAUCAAAUGCCCUUAUCCACGUACUAUUCGAAACUCAAGGGGUAUUGGGAUGAACUGUCAUCCUACAACAACAUGGAACCCUGCACUUGUGGGGUUUUGAAAUCCAUUGCAGCGCGAGAGGAGGAGCAACAUUUAAUGCAACUUCUGAUGGGGCUCCAUGAAUCCUAUGCAGCCAUUAGAGGACAGAUAUUGCUUAUGCAACCUUUGCCCACUGCCCGUAAGGCAUACAACCUCCUUUUGCAAGAAGAGAAGCAGCGGCAAGUUGCUUCCACCCACAACAACACAGCCAACAACGAGAGCAUGGCAAUGCUCAGUAUACACACUAAGAAAGGCAAUACCAGCAAGCAAGGCUUUCAACAGCGGCCUUCGUCAUCCAACAUCAGCCCAUCCUUUCAACCUCGUGGAAAUCCUAGAGAACCGAAACAAUGCACUUAUUGCAAUAGUAAAACUCAUACAAUCGAUACUUGUUUUUUUCUCAAAGGUUUUCCUCCAGGGCACAAGUGGCACGGCAAGGAGGUGGUACCCAAACUCGAUGACAGCGGUCACUCUUCACAUAACCGCCCAUCUCAUGGAAGCAACCGACAAUAUACCAACGUGAAUAACGUUCAAAGUCCAGAUGCACAGAUUCAUCACCUACAGACCAUAGCUCCUCAUCUCACACUCGAGCAAUGUUAG